UGGUAGGCAAAAAGCUGCUGGUCGGCGAGGAGGGCGGGCUGAACCCUCCUCGCCCACCAGUUGCGCGCGGGAAACGCAAACAUGCCGACCAGUUGUUGUGCGCUGAAUUGUACUAACCGGAAGGAUAAAGGCAGUAGAAAGAAGUUUUUUAGAAUCCCUGCGGAACCAGGACGAAGGGCUGCAUGGCUUAGAGCCUUAAAAAGGUCAGAUUUUGAGCAGGGAAAGAAAAACUCGACCGCGGCGUGGACACCACGAGGCCACGAGAGAGUGUGCAGCGACCAUUUCAUCUCAGGGAACCCUUCUAAAGACCCUGCAGAUCCAGAUUACGUCCCAAGCUUGUUUAACCUCCCAACCUCAGCAAGUUGCAAUCGUUCAAGAAACCCAGUUGCCAAGAAAGAUCGGUAUAUGCGUGCAGCAAAAAGGCUGCGGGUGUCAUCAGAGAAUGAAGCCCCACCUACAUCACUAAAUGAUGAAGAAAUGAUCGCUGACCCUCCUCCUGAAAGUGUAGAGACUCUGAGAGACCCCCUUCCUGAAAGUGUAGAGACUCUGAGAGAACAGCUCACAAAAGUACAAGAGGAGAAAUGUAAGUUGGAACAGUUUUGCGAGUCCCUUCAAAGUGAAGCUGACAACCUUAGGGAAGAACGUGAUCACCUUCAAGAACAAAUCAAGAAAUCAUCAACAUCAGCCUCCAAUCUCACAGAUGCAAAAUGCAAGCUCUUCACUGGAAUACCUACUGUUGCACUGUUUAUGUUUGUGUUUAGACUUGUUAGUGAUUUCAUUGCUCCUCUAAAGUCCAUGUGUCAGCAGGAUCAAAUACUCAUGACUCUCAUGAAGUUGAGACUAGGCCUCAAAAAUGCUGAUCUAGCUUUGAGAUUUAGUGUUUCUGCUUCUUCCAAAGCUAAUCAAGUAAUUUUUAAUGGCAAUGUUGUCUGCACGAGCUGGCCUUUUCUGUAUAUCAAAAUACUGAGAUUGAAGGUAAAAUGUUAAAGGGACACAAAACAAAUUUUUGGGAAGCCCACUACAAUAUAAUAAGUAUACCACAAAGUACAAUUCUUACUUGUUUUACAUUAGUUUUUUAAAACAUGACAUAAAACUGUAAAAUGCCUUCUAUUGUUAUACUAGUA